CUCCCUCUCUCCCCGGGUGUGUGUCAGCCGUGGUGAGGACGUCCAGAGAGUAAGAUGGCGGGACUGCGAGUGUGCGUGUACCGGUGUGCAGUGUGCGUGUUGUGUGCGCUGUGUGCCGCCGCCGCGCUGCUGAGGCUGUGCUGGAGCGCCAUCUUGCGGCCGACGGCCACCUUCCAGUGGACGCAGCGCCAAAGUCCGCCGGCGUGUCUGCACGACACGUCCUUGGGCACGCACUGCUACGUGCGCAUCAAGGACUCUGGUCUCAGGUUUCACUACGUGGCGGCAGGUGAGAGGGGCAAGCCUCUCAUGCUCUUCUUGCACGGCUUCCCUGAGUUCUGGUUCUCGUGGCGCCACCAGCUGCGCGAGUUCAAGAGCGAGUUCCGCGUGGUCGCCGUCGACAUGCGAGGCUACGGCGAGUCGGACCUGCCGCCCGGCGUGGACAACUACCACCCGGGCCACCUGGUGACCGACAUCAAGGACAUGGUGGAGCACCUUGGCUACAACCGCUGCUUCCUGGUGGGUCACGACUGGGGUGGGAUGCUGGCCUGGUUGUUUGCCAUGGACUAUCCAGAGAUGGUGACCAAGCUCAUCGUCUUAAACUGCCCUCACCCCGCCGUCUAUGCAGAUUAUGCAGUGUGUCAUCCCAGUCAGAUGUGGAAGUGCAGACAUUUCUUCUUCUUCCAACUGCCUCGACUACCUGAACUCAUCUUCUCCAUCCACGACUUCCAGGCCCUCAAGGUUCUCUUCACCAGCCGCAGCAGCGGAAUGUGCCGGAAGGGAAAGUAUCUGACGGGGGAGGAGCUUGAAGCGUACCUGUACACGCUCUCUCAGCCCGGAGCUCUGACCGCCGCUCUCAACUACUACAGGAACGUUUUCAGCUCUCUCCCGCUGAGACGGCGCCACGUUCGAUCCCCGGUGCUGCUGCUGUGGGGCGAGCGGGACGCCUUCCUGGAGCAGGAAAUGGCGGAGUCGUGUCGCCUGUACAUCAGGAACCACUUCCGGCUGAACGUGAUUUCCGGGGCGAGCCACUGGCUGCAGCAGGACCAGCCCGACAUCGUCAACACGCUCAUGUGGACUUUCCUCAAGGAGGGCGAGGGCCGCAAGGGCCACAGGAACUGAGGUGGCGGGAUCCAAGCACACUUCGGACACGGUGAACGCUUCCAUUUUUGAUCACUUCUCACUUCCUGUCUCACCAGGCCACGCCCCCUUUAUCAGGUGUUUUCUUUCACUGUUUUCUAUCUCCCUCACUUGCAAGUAGAACAUUUUGAUUUUUAUAAAUAAACA